AUGGAUGUUCCAAAUCAUUCUGCACCUUUCUAUCUUCCCCGCGUUCCCCACGUUCACAAAAAGUGUCCAGAAGCUUCCUCACCAACCUCAACACCUUUCUAUCUUCUUCAGCAUCUUUCUAUCUUCUUCUUGAGAGAAACUUUUCUCUCCAAAACAAAAAGUGUCCAAAAGCUUCCCUCCUUGCCAUUGCAGCCUCGGUCGCGCCGCUCAUUGCCACUACAACCACCGACGCGUCAUUCCUUCACCUUUCUAUCUUCUUCAACAUCUUUCUAUCUUCUUCUCAAGAGAAACUUUUCUCUCCAAAACAAAAAGCGUGUCCAAAAGCUUCCCUCCUUGCCAUUGCAGCCUCGGUCGCGCUGCUCAUUGCCACUACAGCCACCGACGCAUCAUUCCUUCCCACUUGCGGCUUGCACCGUUCUUUCCCACCACGGCUUGCACCGACACUGGUCAUCGUGCGUCUGGCGCCAACACCUCCAGCCAUGGUUGCAUCUCCAUCGCGCCACCUUCGUUGGGCUUAGAAGUCUCCAUCACCCCUCUGGCCAUCUGGUGGAUAACAGUAUAAUGGCGAAAACAAUUGGAGAACAAUUCGUACCUGUUUGUUACUGUACUUGGUCAUCUCCACCUCUUAGAACAAAUGACAGUUGGGAGCGGCAUUAGACUCUCUCUAUACAUAGCAACCUGUAGGUUGGCUUUGUAAUUGUAUUCAUCUCGACCAAAUUUGGAAUGCUCAAGCAGCUCUCCUUUAUCAUUAAGUUUCUCUAAUCUUCCCCUCCUAUUUGAUCCCAAAAUUCCACCAUCUUUGGGGAUGCAUAUCGGGGAAAAGAGAUUGUGAGGAAUGUUAGUAGUUACGAUAACAAUGGACCUAGUUUAAGAUGACUGCACUUUAUAUUCUUCCAUCACCCAUAUUUGAGUCAUUGCAUGGCGUUGGACGAAGCAACACACACAGAGACAUUCCCCGUUAACCUUAAACCAUAAACUUGGUAUCUUUUCCUAGUGAACUGAUCAAACAGAGGAAUCUCUGAUAAAGUCCUUUGUAUGAGAUCAAAGGAAGCAAGGAAGGGAACUUUUUUAUCAUCGCAGAAAACCAACCAAUGAAGAGCUACAUUCAAGAAUGACCCAGCUCCGAAUUCCAGGCCGAGAUGCUUAUAUGGAACAUUAAUAUUGUAUCUGCUCCUUAAAUUGGUUUUGAAUGAGAAAACUUGGAUUUCA